UGGUAAACUUCCAUCAAAUUUAUUGUAAUAAAACAGCUAAUAAAACACGGAUAUCCCUUGGAUUACCGCAACUACCGGUCGAAGACUGUUCUCUUCGAAGCAUGAAGGUGACAUCCACCAACCCUCUUUGACAAUCUUAUUAGAGCCGCAACUCUGGAACAGAUCCCUCCAUCUCCUCUUCGGUAUCAUAAUCUGUCAUCGUUGGAACGUACAGAACCAACUACUUGCAUCGCACAGGUUGAUUGUUGGAGUUUGCAGCUACUGUUUUACUUGUUUUAUUAAAAAGAAGAGAAGAAACCAUGACUGUGCUCAGAACGGCUCUGCUUCUGAUGGUGACUUCCAGCCUGUCUGUCCAGGCAUGGGUAUCUCCAACACUUGGUUUUCUGGCAAGACAACAACGGACUAUCCCUACGCAGCUCCAAGACAUGGCCGUGACAUUGGACGGAGAACAGAUUCGAGGACCCAUUACUCCCUUAGGGAAUUUUGUUCUUGUCAAGGUCAAAGAUACCCUGCAGGCGACAGCUGGAGGGGUCCUGCUACCAGACCAAUCGAAGGAACGCCCUACAGAGGGUUUGGUCAUGGAGGCGGGACCUGGGAAAAUCCAUCCCCACACGGGUAUUCGUAUCACCAACCCUGUCACGGCGGGAGUAUCCGUGCUCUAUGGAAAGUUUGAUGGCAAACCAAUCGAAUACAAGGGAGAAGAAUGCCAAAUGAUCCGAGAUGACGAUGUCAUGUUGUAUUAUACCGGUGUCACCAUGAGCUUGGAAAAUGUGACACCCUGUCGCGAUUAUGUAUUGAUUGAGGUGCCACCUAAACAAGAACAAUUGACUUCUUCAGGUGUUGUUAUUGCUGAUAUGGUUACAAAAGAAGAUGAGGUCUGUGAGGGAUUUGUGGUCAAGGUGGGCAAAGGACGAUUGAACUCCAGCGGAGAAUUCUCCCCCAGCCCAGUAGCCAUUGGAGAGAAGGUCAAGUUCAAGGAUUAUGCAGGAAAUGAUGUCCGUAUCGAAGGCAAGGACUUCGUUCUGGUGCGAAUGGUGGAAAUUUUAUGUACGGAUGUAUCGGAGGAACACAGUCCCUAGUAGUAGAACCGUGUAUCUCUAAACGAAGCUGUGUGCUCUAGCUAGUUUUAAAGCUGGACAUUCCAUUGUC